ACGCGGAGCGCGGUUCGGUUCGGCGGGAUGCAGAAAGGCCUGAAGAAGUACUUCGUGAACAUGGAUGAGUACCUGUCCAGUCUGGGUCUGUACCGGAAGAUGGUCGCGCGGGACGCGUCCAGCCUGUUCCGGGCCGUGUCCGAGCAGCUCUACUUCUCCCAGAACUACCAUCAGAAGAUCCGACUGGACUGCGCGAGCUUCAUGCGGGCCAACAGGUGCAACUUUGAGCCGUUUGUGGAGGGUUCCUUUGAGAAGUACCUGGAGCGUCUGGAGGAUCCCAAGGUGAGUCCCUGUGAGCUUCUGUCUCACCUGAGCUCACCUGGAUCCCACCAGCUCAGUGUGUGUGUGUGUUUCCAGGAGACGGUGGGUCAGGUGGAGAUCAAGGCUCUGUCUCAGCUCUACAGGCGGUGCUUCCUGAUCUACCGUUACCCCGGGAAACCGGCCACCGUCAUCUCAGAGAACGACUUUGAGGACAAGGUAACCCUGUGCUGCUCCAUCAACGGUCACUAUGACAUUAUCUAUGGGCGGAGCUACCCAGCCUCAGCGGCGCUGUGCCAGUCUCUGCUCUACGAGCUGCUCUACACUCAGGUGUUUGGCGUGGAGGGGGUGGAGCUCUGGCAGGCCAUGGAGACCUUCAGGGCCGGAGGUCGUCGCUACAGAAACAGCCUGUCUGUGUGCAGCGACGUUGACGUGGGCUACGACGCACCUGAGGACCGGCUGCACAGGGACGAGGCGGAGGCGGGCGGAGCAGCAGAGGAGACCAAGCCGCCUGCUGAGGCUCCGCCCACCUCCAGACUCUGUUUGCCCUACAAGGUCCUGAAGUCUCUGGACGGCGACGUCUACAGGAACCUGGAGUUUGACGUGUGGCAGGACACCUGCAAAGAGAUGCAGAAGACGGACUACAUGGUGUUCGCGGGGCGACAGUACUUCCUGGGAGACAAGUGCCAGGUCCGCCUGGAGCCCAAAGGGAAAUUCUACAACGCCUUCAUCCAGGAAGUGGGAACCCACUCGACCGCCGUCACCGUGUUCAUCGAGGAGCUGGGAGAGAAACACCUGGUUCCAUUGACCGAUCUGAAACCAGUCAACCCAGUGCCUGCCUGGAACGUGGCGGCGCCGCCCAGGAAAGGAGAUCCGGACCCAGAGUCUCGAGGUCAACGCCAUCACCGCCAUCGUUACUUCAGGAAGUCCCGCGGUAGUAGCGGGGCAAAGGGGGCGGAGCUACUGCUGCCGCCACCCGUCUCCUAUGGAGGCCCCGCCCUUUCACCUCUCCCUCCCCGCUUCCAACCCGCGGGUCACCCUCGCCCACCUCUCCCCCCGUCACCAGGGGCCAUGACCUACGACCCCUAUGCCUCCCCACACCACCACCCCCCUGCAGCGAGAGCCCCACGCUACGGCGUGUCGAGUCCUGCUCGGUUCCUGAACCGUCAGCUGAUUGGUCCACAGCUGACCUAUUACCACCCAGGCAGAAGAUAUUACCAUGACUACGAGAACUACGCCUUCCGGUCCCGCCGCAGUCGGCGCCACCUGCUGGCCGUCAGUAAGGAAUGUCAGUUCGGGUUUCCCGCUGAGGCGGUGGAGGAAGCGGCCGACCUCGACCCGCCCAUGACCUUCUACCAGCUGGAGGACGCCGGCGACGCCGUCUUUCCCCCCCUGCAGGGCCCUGCUGUGGCUCCGCCCAUUGGGGCCCCCUCACCGCCCUCAGGCUCCUCCUACCGGGUGCAGCGGGCCGCGGCAAGCCGCCCGCCGGCCUCCCCGCCCGAAGCCACGCCUCCCUGCUCCUCGGAGGACGACCAGGCGGACGCCAGCACGGUGGAGGACCAGGUCGAGUACACGGAGGAGUACGUGUUCGGCGCCCCGGAUCAAAGCUACCAGAUGCCAGGUGUCUACCCAACCGAUGAGCCCGCCGCCACUCAGGACGUACAGGAAAGGGGUCCCACCAACUCUCCAAGCAGAUCAGACAUAUCCUACAGCUACACUCCUCAGAUGUGUUUGUUCCAGGUGGUGAAGCCGCUGCCCAUCAUCUGCUCCUCCCCUUCCUCCUCCUCUUCCUCGCCUCCCUCGCCGUCCCGGGUCCCGGCCGCCCCUCACCUGCUGCCGGCCGCACACGCUCAGACUCGCCCAGUUUCCAUGAUGAUAUCCGCUGCUGCUCCCUGGUUGGUCAGCGAGUCAGGCGAGCCCCUGUGCACUGUACUGGCUCCGCCCUCUUACUCCUACGACCCAAGCGGCAGCGACUUACCCAGAGACUGCAGGGUUGUCCAGUACUACUACAACCUGGGAGUGCAGUGGUUCCACCAGAGCUGCUGGCCGCAGCAGCAGGCCUACCCCUCCCCCACCUUGCCGGAGCUGGCCUACCCCUACCAGCACUACCCGCCCUACCCGGGCCAGGAGCCCCCCCCCCACGGUGAGUCGGGUCCAGAGUUGAUGGACAGAACAUCCUCUCUAGAACCGGGUCGUUUGGGCCGGAGCUCAACCGUCUGACACCAGAGUUGGUUUGAAACCAGUCUGAACUGGGAUAUGAUAACUCCUUCCUAUGCUUCUGCCCCCAGCGGCCCCCCCUCCCUUCCCUGAGAGCGGCCGGGCCCAGCAGCCCCCCUCCUCCUACCCAGAAUCCUCCAGGGCAGCGGACGGCCAGGCCAGCGGCCCCGCCCCCUCCGCGGAAGGACCCACCUCCAUCAUGACCCCAGCGUCUCCAGGCUCUGGCCCCUCAGGACUACUGUACCCGGAUCAGACUGCCCUUCCUGCCCCUACUCUGCUGCACCUGCCGUUCGAAGCUCCGCCCCCUGCUGGCUACCUGCCAGCAGCGCCUCACCCUCCUCUUCCUCACCUGCCCCAGUCCUCUUACCAUCCUUGUGUUCCUCCUUCUGCCCACUGGGGGGCCCUGUCGACUUCAGGCCACGCCCCCCGGGUGUACUGUCCCGCCCCCAGUCCUCAUGUGGUCGGCUACAUCACUGCCCCCCACCCUCACCACACCCCCACUCACUACGUGCCCCCCUCCAUGUGAACGUUAGCUUGUGGCUAACAGCUCCCUUUAUUUUCAAUGGGCAGCGCUAGCUGGUUCAGGUUCAAACUAAAAUAAGUCACAUGACUGAGAUGUGCUAGGCUAGCAGCUAGCUGAUGGCUAACUGCUAACAUGGUUUUCUCCACCAUGUCUGCCACAGUCACUUCCUGUUCAGAAGAUGGAGCAAUCAGAACCGGGUUCUUCUGAACAGCAGCCAAUCAGAGUGGGGGGCGGGGCUAAGGGCAGGGCUAGUCCCUCACCUUUGGAGGGAUUUCUUUGUGUUCAGUUCUGGUGCCGGUUUGUUUUGAGUGAAUAAAGUUCGUUCCACAGCAGAACCGGGUCCUUUUCAUUUCUGGGCUUAAGGGGGCGGAGCCUGACUCCCUGGUACCAGAACCGGACCCGGAGGGGGAGUUCUGGUUUAAAGUGAGCGACCUCAGC